AUGAUUUUAGUUAUCUUCGUUUUCGAUCAAUUAACUAGACCUUGUUCACUAACAUUAACGUCCAAUGCUCGAUCGAUGUCUUUGCCAUCAGUUGAUGAAUUAGUUAGCCUUUUUCAUGAGGGACGACGACUUUGGAAUAUGGCACUACCGUAUCUAAAACUAAUCGGAAAAAUUUUUAAAAGUAUUACGUGCUUGUUUGAUAUUACUCGUGAUUGUCUAUUGUCUGACUCGGAAUCGGGACGACAAAAACGAAGCUCUUGGAAUGAUCUAGAUGAUAUUUCACGAGUACAACUUGAAUUCAUUGCUCGUGCGAUGAAGAAUUUCCGAGAGUUGCUCACGCUUAUCUUCGGUAAUGUGGCUUGGAUUGAUGCCGAUUGUGUUGAUGACUCAUGGGAAGACGCAUUGGUACGAGCACAACAAUCAGCGAGUUCAAUGGGUUAUCUCUUGAGUACACAAGAAUACAACGAUUUAAUGACAAUUCCAAAUCGAUGCGUCAAUAGUAGUUUAACCAGUGAGUAUCUACUCUAUUAUAACCGAACUGUUUACUGGUAUUCGUUGAAUAUUACUGAGUCGAGCAAUGUGACGAGUCCUACUCUUCCUUUCUUGAAUCUACCACAGCUGUAUGCCUAUUGUCAACAAUACAUAGCAGAUUGGAAUUAUAGUCGUUCAUUAGGAUAUUCCAAUCUAAUUGAAGCGCAGGAUGCCAUUUACAAUAAUUACAACAAAGUACAUAAGGAUUUACCAAUUGGUAUAUGUGCAACAGUAACAAUUCGAAUUAUUGAACGUAUUACAAUUACUCGUCAAGGAUUCGACGCUGAAUUGACAAUUGAUAACAACGGUGAAGAUACUUUGUAUAAUGUUCAAGUUACUUUAAAUAUUGUUCAAAGAGAUAAUCAAAUAAAUGCUACCGAUCGAUUUAGUAUCGGUCAACCAACGAUCAAUGGUGCUCUGAGUAAUGGAAAUUUACCAGCGAGUAGUUCUGCUCAGAUCGAUUGGUUAAUUAUUCCCUAUGCAUCAGCUGCUCCGACACAAACUACAUGGUAUCGAGUAGGUGGACAACUUUCAUAUACAGUUGGUGGACAAGAUGUCAACAUAACUCUUCAACCUGAUUCAAUUCAAGUUGAACCCGAAGCUUCUCUUGAUAUUGCCUACUUUCUCGAAGAAAAUGUCAUCGGACCUGAUCCAUUGUCAAAUGAAUUUAUCGCUUCACAACCGUUCAUACUUGGGACAGUCAUUACGAAUAGUGGUUUUGGAUCGGCAACGAAUUUUCGUAUUUCAAGCGGACAACCGACAAUUAUUGAUAAUAAAAAAGGUUUAUUGGUCAGUUUUCAAAUGAUAGGAAUGAAAGUCAAUCGAGAACAACAAACAAGAAUUGAAUUAUCAGCAACACUUGGAGAUUUACAACCAUUUUCUACAUCAAUAGUAACAUGGACAUUAAUUUGUUCACUUAAGGGUUAUUUUAGAAAAUUCAAUGCAUCAUUUACAGAAACAAAUCCAAAUGGUGAUCCAAAAUUAUCACUUUUGAAAUCAUUAACAACACAUCGAUUACAACAUGUUGUUUCACUCGAUAUUCUAGUCGAACAACUCAAUGACAAUCAAGUCGAUUAUCUCGUUCUUGAAGACGAUGGAAAGGAAACUGUGUAUAGUAGUACAAAUGCAACAUUAUAUUUUCCUGUCAUUCCGAUGCAACCUUCUUCUCCUGUUCAGUACUUUUCAAUCGAUCCCGUUACUCAACGAUUGAUUGUUACAGUAAUAACUAAUUCGACUUCGAAUACUUCGUUUAUUCAUUGCACAAUUAACAAUACUUUUCCUCAAUAUGGGAUUAUUUCUUCGAAACGUAUCGAAGAUAAUUUCGAUGUAACAAUAAACACUUGGUUAACUCAUACGGUUGAUCAUUUAAAUUCAGGCGAUCGAAUUGAAGAUCUUGUACAUAUAUUCGAUAUGUUAUCAUCAUUGCCACGAUCGUACGAGAUUAUUUUAAGUUCAUUUUGUAAUACCGUUGAACAACAAUUAUCAACAAUUGGGUUACAAAAUAGUUUUCAAACAACUGAUCAUAUAGAUACAAGUCGACAACAAACAAUUGCAACUUCAGAAGAGAUAUUUUCAACAAUAAAAAGUUCUCAAUCAACUUCUCCAAUAUCAAAAUUGACUUCAAAAUCAACAAUACUCUCUGAUCAAACAACUCAUUUGGCACAAUCAACAUCUCUUCCAAUGCACACAUCAUUAUGGGCUUUUCAAUCAUCAUCAAAUCAAACAAUAUCACAUGAUUUGACUUCAAUAUUUCAAUCAAAUAGUUCUACUGUUCCUAUAUCAGUUCAUAUAACAAAUAGCACAAUUUCCAAUAAUAUUUCAAGUUCGUUAAGCCCUUCCUUAAAUACAACAGAAGCUAUUCUAUCAAAUUAUUUGAUUCAAUUUUUACUUAUUCUUUAUUCUAUUGAUAAUAAUAUAAAUUCUUCACAACUUAGUUCACAACUUACUUCUAUAUUUAUUUCAGCACUUCAAACAGCAUCGAAUAGAAUAAAUAUUACAAUAAAUCCAACUAAUAUGCGUAUAUUAACCAAUAUUAUAGCUCAAAUUCAGCUUUAUAGUACGACUAUCGAAAGUGCUGAUACACUUCUUGAACAUGUACGCCAACAAAUAUCAAAUCCAUUUUCACCACUUCGACAAAAUAAUCUUACAUCGACAUUAAAUGAAAGUUCAAUUACAAAUAUCACACAUUUUUAUUCAUGUGACGGAAAUACUUUUCAACAAACAGCUUGUUCUUUUACUACAACAACAGUAAGACCUUCAAAAAUACAGGAUCUUGUCAUAAUUAUUGUACCAACAGUUCUUGCUGUUGUUGGUGCCAUUGCUGGAGUUGCGAUUAUAUUGACAGUAUGCUUAAGACGACAUUCAUCAAAUCAAGAACCAAUAGAACUCAACUUUACAAGACUAUGA